CUGCAAAAAAGCCACGCUACGAUCGCGCUGGAACAAGCUGCCGCUGCAAAAAAGCCACGCUGCGAUCGCGCUGGAACAAGCUGCCGCUGCAAAAGCCACGCUGCGAUCGCGUUGGAACAAGCUGCCGCUGCAAAAAAGCCACGCUGCGAUCUCGCUGGAACAAGCUGCCGCUGCAAAAAAGCCACGCUACGAUCGCGCUGGAACAAGCUGCCGCUGCAAAAGCCACGCUGCGAUCGCGUUGGAACAAGCCGCUGCCGCUGCAAAAAUCACGCUGCGAUCGCGCUGGAACAAGCCGCUGCCGCUGCAAAAAAGCCACGCUGCGAUCGCGCUGGAACAAGCUGCCGCUGCAAAAAAGCCACGCUGCGAUCGCGUUGGAACAAGCUGCCGCUGCAAAAAAGCCACGCUACGAUCGCGCUGGAACAAGCUGCCGCUGCAAAAAAGCCACGCUGCGAUCGCGCUGGAACAAGCUGCCGCUGCAAAAAUCACGCUGCGAUCGCGCUGGAACAAGCCGCUGCCGCUGCAAAAAAGCCACGCUGCGAUCGCGCUGGAACAAGCUGCCGCUGCAAAAAAGCCACGCUGCGAUCGCGUUGGAACAAGCUGCCGCUGCAAAAAAGCCACGCUACGAUCGCGCUGGAACAAGCUGCCGCUGCAAAAAAGCCACGCUGCGAUCGCGCUGGAACAAGCUGCCGCUGCAAAAAAGCCACGCUGCGAUCGCGUUGGAACAAGCUGCCGCUGCAAAAAAGCCACGCUACGAUCGCGCUGGAACAAGCUGCCGCUGCAAAAAAGCCACGCUGCGAUCGCGCUGGAACAAGCUGCCGCUGCAAAAAAGCCACGCUGCGAUCGCGUUGGAACAAGCCGCUGCCGCUGCAAAAAAAUCACGCUGCGAUAGCGUUGGAACAAGCCGCUGCCGCUGCAAAAAAAUCACGCUGCGAUCGCGCUGGAACAAGCCGCUGCCGCUGCAAAAAAGCCACGCUGCGAUCGCGCUGGAACAAGCUGCCGCUGCAAAAAAGCCACGCUGCGAUCGCGUUGGAACAAGCUGCCGCUGCAAAAAAGCCACGCUACGAUCGCGCUGGAACAAGCUGCCGCUGCAAAAAAGCCACGCUGCGAUCGCGCUGGAACAAGCUGCCGCUGCAAAAAAGCCACGCUGCGAUCGCGUUGGAACAAGCCGCUGCCGCUGCAAAAAAAUCACGCUGCGAUAGCGUUGGAACAAGCCGCUGCCGCUGCAAAAAAAUCACGCUACGAUCGCGUUGGAACAAGCCGCUGCCGCUGCAAAAAAAUCACGCUGCGAUAGCGUUGGAACAAGCCGCUGCCGCUACAAAAAAAUCACGCUGCGAUAGCGUUGGAACAAGCCGCUGCCGCUGCAAAAAAAUCACGCUGCGAUAGCGUUGGAACAAGCCGCUGCCGCUACAAAAAAAUCACGCUACGAUCGCGUUGGAACAAGCCGCUGCCGCUACAAAAAAAUCACGCUGCGAUAGCGUUGGAACAAGCCGCUGCCGCUGCAAAAAAAUCACGCUGCGAUCGCGUUGGAACAAGCCGCUGCCGCUGCAAAAAAUCACGCUGCGAUCGCGUUGGAACAAGCCGCUGCCGCUGCAAAAAUCACGCUGCGAUCGCGUUGGAACAAGCCGCUGCCGCUGCAAAAAAGCCACGCUACGAUCGCGCUGGAACAAGCUGCCGCUGCAAAAAAGCCACGCUGCGAUCGCGCUGGAACAAGCUGCCGCUGCAAAAAAGCCACGCUGCGAUCGCGCUGGAACAAGCUGCCGCUGCAAAAAUCACGCUGCGAUAGCGUUGGAACAAGCCGCUGCCGCUGCAAAAAUCACGCUGCGAUCGCGUUGGAACAAGCCGCUGCCGCUGCAAAAAAAUCACGCUGCGAUAGCGUUGGAACAAGCUGCUGCCGCUGCAAAAAUCACGCUGCGAUAGCGUUGGAACAAGCCGCUGCCGCUGCAAAAAUCACGCUGCGAUAG